ACUUUCCAGGACGCUGUUCCGGGUUGGGUCUACGAAUUCUCCGUGUCUGCGUCCACGUCUGCGGGUCAAGGCCAGCAGACGGCGCCGUUCAUUUUGACUUUGGAACAAAAUGUACCAGCAAGAAUAGCAUCCUGGGGAACCAAUCUGGAGACAACAGUUGGCUCAAGUCUGCUCCUAGAAUGCUUAAGAUUUGGAUUACCUAAUCCGAAUCUCACCUGGGGUGACGAAUACAACACUUUGAUCAACUUCAAUGAUCGGGUGGUGGCGAAAGACGAUGGUUCCUUGGUGAUAUCUGAUGUCACGAGAGGAGACAGCGGAAAGUACACUUGCAAUGUCGCAAAUUCGCACGGAAACGACGCAAUCACGUACAGCAUAACUGUUCGAAUUUCAAGAGCCGGAAAGGACGUUCGUUCGCCAAUUAUACUUGACGACUUACGACCGGCGACAGCCUACGAAUUGUCCAUCAGAGCAGUUUCCGAAGCUGGAGAAACUGUCUUUCAGCACCGAUUUUUCACACUCAACAUUCUAGGAGUGGCAGUGGCUGGCGAAGCUUCAGUAAAGGGCGACAGUGACGGGCCGUCGUUCAGCGACGUACGCAUCAUGACACCCACCAUCCUGUCGAUCGUUGCGGUUGCUGUGACAGUUGCGUCUGUCUACGUUUUCCUGCGACGG